GGGCGGGGCGGGCCCGCACGUCCCGGCCGGGCUGCGGCGGAGCGACGGGGGCCAGCUCUGCAGAAGGCGGCGGCUGGCUCGCCGGGACGGUCACAUCUGCUGCAGGGGCCGGCGGAGGCAGCCGCACCGCCUCCCGCCCCGGGGACCCAGGCCAGCCUCCGGGCCGCGCCGGCACCGCCCCCUGCUCUCGGACAGACUGCGCGGCCGGUCGGAGCUCGGGGGGCUUCGCAGCCCCGCGGCCCGCGCCCGCUACGCCUCCGCCCUCUGCCCGCAGCUCGGUCCAGCGCCGCCCGCCUCGCCGGGCCCGCGCCGGGAUGGGGUAGGGACAGCGCCACGGAGUCGGGCGAUGGGCCGCCCUCUGGGCACCGAGCAGCCCCCCGAGGCCUGAGCGACCGCGAGGACCGGCGGAGGACCCCCGCCUGGAUGUCAAACGGAUGCCCCAGUGCCUCCCAGAGGACUCGGUGGGGACCAUGGCUUCGCUAAUGCCCCUCUCUCCAUAUCUAAGCCCCACUGUCCUCCUGCUGGUCAGUUGUGACCUGGGCUUUGUACGAGCAGACCGGCCUCCCUCUCCUGUGAAUGUGACAGUCACUCACCUCAGAGCCAACUCGGCCACUGUGUCUUGGGACGUCCCAGAAGGCAACAUCGUCAUUGGCUACUCCAUUUCCCAGCAACGACAGAAUGGACCGGGGCAACGUGUGAUCCGGGAGGUGAACACCACCACUCGGGCCUGUGCCCUCUGGGGCCUGGCUGAAGACAGUGACUACACAGUGCAGGUCAGGAGCAUCGGCCUUCGGGGAGAAAGCCCCCCAGGGCCGCGGGUGCACUUCCGAACUCUCAAGGGUUCUGACCGGCUACCCUCAAACAGCUCGAGCCCAGGUGACAUCACAGUGGAGGGUCUGGAUGGAGAGCGACCUCUGCAGACGGGGGAAGUGGUCAUCAUUGUGGUGGUGUUGCUCAUGUGGGCUGCUGUAAUUGGGCUAUUCUGCCGUCAGUAUGACAUCAUCAAGGACAAUGACUCCAACAAUAACCCCAAGGAGAAGGGGAAGGGACCGGAACAGAGUCCUCAGGGAAGGCCAGUGGGGGCGAGACAGAAGAACUCACCCUCCAUCAACACCAUUGACGUAUGAGUGAAGAAACAGAACCAGAAGACAGAUGCACUAACAUCUUGGGGAUGGGGAUGGGGUCAGGGAGAGCCCAAGAUGGUGAUUUGCCCAAGACUGAAGGAUCCCACAGUCUCCCAGAGGGUAAUGACACUCCCACAAUCUCAGGCCUGGCAUCCAUUCUCUUUCCACUGUGAGCAGGGCCAGAAGGUAGGUCUGUUAGGGUCUGAGCCCCUGGACCUGGGGAGUGGAUAUCAGAUGGGAUAUGUCCUUCCAUCCCCCAGGUCCAGGAGAGAGUCACUUGUUCAACCCUAUCCCAUUAGGUCCCAAAUGGGGCCCCCAUUUCACCUGCAUCAGAAUCCUUGGCAUCCCCAGCUGCCCCCACAUCUUGCCUCUGGGUCUCAGAGAGGAGUGUUUCUGUGGGUACGCCACCUCCCCCAGCAAAUAAAAGGAAUUGUCUGGGCCUGGAGACAGAUGCUGCACUGCACUACUCCAAUGUCUUCCAUGGAGCCUCAGGUGCGCCCCCUCUCACCUGGCAGCCCCUUCAGCUGCUGGUGAUCUCACUCCUUGGACAUUUUUCCAAUAAAGUUUCUUGGACAAACUGGA